AUGGCGAUGUCCCAGGCGGCAAAUUUGGUAGAGAGGAUAAUCGGCCAUGGCGAUAAUGCAACAGUUACCACUGAUGUGUCGCAUUACAACAAUGAGCAUGGAAUGGAGACUGGGGAGAUGAUCCAGGCAACUACGUGGCAAGGGAAGAACACAGUCAAAGUUGUGAAAAUGCCCAAGCCACGAGUGAUUGACCCCGGAGAUGUGAUUGUCAAGGUGACAGGGAGUACUAUUUGUGGUAGCGACCUGCACUUAUAUCAUGGCGUCAUCCCUCAGUUAGAGAAGGGCGAUGUCCUCGGCCACGAAUGCUGUGGAAUUGUGGAACGUGUAGGCCCGGAAUCGAAGAAAUUUCGAGUCGGAGAGCGAGUUGUUGUAUCCUUCCCGAUUGCUUGCGGAGAUUGCAGGAAUUGUCGAAGGGAGUAUUACUCUCAAUGUGUUAAAACCAACGAGAACACGCUCACCAAUGCUAUGUAUGGGAAGCGGACUGCAGGUAUAUUCGGUUAUUCCCAUUUCACGGGCGGGUUCGCAGGUGGACAAGCCGAGUACAUUCGAGUUCCAUACGGCGAUGUCAAUCUGCUUUCUAUCCCAGCCGAUGUCCCAGACGAGAAAGCAUUGUAUGUCUCGGAUGUUCUGGCAACAUCAUGGCACUGCGUGCUCGACACCGGAGUCAACAGAGGGGACGUCGUUGCGAUUUGGGGGGCUGGGCCGAUCGGACAGAUGUGUGCUCAGUUCAGCUUCUUCCACGGAGCUAGUCGUGUCAUUCUCAUCGAUGGUGGGGAUGGCGCAUGGCGAUUGGACUACGUGAAGACAAAAGCGCCAAAGAUUGAGACGAUCAACUUCACCGAUUUGCCGAAGGGCGAGUCUGUGACAUCACAGCUGCAAAAGAUGGUCGAGGGCGGACCAGAUGUCGCUCUAGAGUGUGCAGCGGGCGAAUAUGCUAAGGGAUGGGCACAUUACUUCGAGCAGCUACUCGGGCUAGAGACGGAUACCUCAGAAUUGCUGAAUGAGAUGAUCACUGCCGUUCGCCCCUUUGGGCAUGUUGGCGUAACGGGUAUCUAUGCCGGAUAUACAAAUCACUUUAACAUUGGAGCUCUCAUGCAGACCGGUGUUCAUCUUAUGGGCAAUGGCCAGGCCCCUGUCCACAAGUAUUGGAAGCACCUCAUGCAUCUGAUUCAAACACAUGAGGUCAACCCACUGGAUAUGGUAACCCAUCGGGUCCGUUUAGAGAAUAUGGAAGAGCUAUAUGCGAUUUUUGACAAGCGAGAUAUGGGGAUGCAAAAGGUCUUUGUACAGACCAAGCACUCUGCUCCUCCAGCAAAUGGGGCUCCUCAACUAACAGAGCUGUGA